CCGGCCGGUGGGGGCUGAGCGCGCCCGGCCAUGGAAGCGACGGGUGGGUUGUGGCAGCGGCUGUCGGGGCCAGAGGAGCGGCGGCUGCUGGAAAUCCUGUCCUACGGGCUGGUGGGCGCGGGGGCGCUCUCCGCGCUGUUGCUGCGCUUCGUGCGGAUGCCGUACGGGCGCUACUCCACGCGCCGCUUCGGCUGCCCUGUGCCCGUCCGCCUGGCCUGGGCGCUGCAGGAGCUGCCGUCCCUGCUGGUCCCGCUGGGGCUGAGCCUCUUCAGCGGCGCGGCCCGCGUCUCCAAGUGGCCGAACCGGGUCCUGCUGGCGCUCUUCAUCGGGCACUACGCACACAGGGCACUCAUCUUUUCUUUCUUGAUUCGUGGAGGAAAACCAACACCAUUCAUUACUUUUGCACUAGCACUCAUAUUCUGUGUCUAUAAUGGAUACUUGCAAGGUCGGAGCUUAAGUAAUUAUGCAGAAUAUCCUUCUGGUUGGCUGAAAGGUCCUUGUUUCAUUGUAGGUUUUGCAGGAUGGCUGAGUGGCAUGACAAUUAAUAUCUAUUCUGAUCACAUUCUCAGAAAUCUGAGAAAACCAGGGGAAACGGGCUACAAAAUACCAAGAGGUGGAUUGUUUGAAUAUGUAACUGGAGCCAACUUUUUUGGAGAGAUUCUUGAAUGGUUUGGAUUUGCUCUUGCCAGCUGCACUAUUGAAAGUGCUGCUUUUGCCUUAUGCACACUUUUCAUCCUAGGUUCCAGGGCACACCAACAUCAUCAAUGGUAUCGUGAGAAAUUUGAAGACUACCCAAAGUCCAGGAAGAUUGUGAUUCCAUUUGUGCUCUGAGGUGUGCAUCAUGGAGUUGGCUGACUUUGAAUGAUGGUGGUUGCUAUUCUGAAAAUAUUCAGUUGACAAACAACUCCCAACAAGUUAGCCUAAAGGUUUUCUUUUAACAUUUUCAGUAUCACUUUUGUUGGUUUCCUAACAUAUAAAAUACAACUGAUGGAUGAGGCCAUAGUGACAGAAGAGUCAGCCAUCCUGUUCCUAUUUGGAGCAUAGUGUAAUAACCGCCUUAAUAAGAUAGUAUCUUCAUCAUUGGAACUACAGUGGUGUCUGUAUUGCUUCUUAUCCUGCCUCUACCUGUUGCCUUUUCUGCCUCAGCCAGGCACAAUACCUCCAAGAUCUCAUAUUGCACCAUAUCAGUGGGUGCUUGUGCACUAUCUACCCCCACACAAACACAGGAUUGACUUGCCUCACCCCCCCGGAUAAUCUAGUGCUAGUAGUGUCACUAAAUGUAGUCUUUGUACUCAGUAUUAUGCCUAGCCACUGAGCAAGGAGUAGUGGUGAGAGCUAUCCUCAGCCCCCGCACAUCUGUGCAGGCACAAACAAUAGAACACUGUUAACACUACAUGCACUACUUAUGACAGUAGCAGUAACUUUGGCAAAUAAUGGGUUAAGAUUUACUUCUUUCUCCAGAUUAAUAACUCUCUCAGGUACUUUUCAGUGGCUGGCUUCUCACCCACUUCCAUGACAUGUUCUACUUUCCUUAUUUUUUCCAUUCUACUCUUUGUUCUGCUUUUUAUUUUUCAUAUGAGAAAUAUUAGUGUUACUGGUAAAGGAUUUGCCUUAAUUUUUUACCAGUCCCCGCUGACAUUCUAAUGACUUUUAAAGUUUACAUUUGGUAUCUAUUUCUGUUUUAGGAGGUUUAGGGUCUUUAACUGACACUUUUAGUAGUUUUGGGUAGCACUGUUUUCUGGCUUGCCUAAAAUAACAAACCUCACCUCCUAAGAACUAUAGAGAAUUUUUCAAAAAUGUUUUUACUUUAUGAUAAGUGUAUGGAUGACACCUGUUUUCCAAAGAGAACUGGAUUUUUGAAUACUUGUUUUUUACCUUAAUAAUGUCAAGUCUGUUCUCCUUUCCUAGAUUUGCUGAAGGACCUCUGUGAGCUCACAGUAAACAUUCAUGAGAGUUCCAGUACCUUAACUGAAAGAGUGGGGCUGUUGAAUCUUAAACAGAGACUUAAUUGCUGGGUUUUAAAUAGGGACUAAAAGUAAAUGGAGUUUUAAAUAGCGAUUUAAAAAUCCCUUCUCUUCCCAAUUGCUCAGCUUUCAGUCUCCUUUCUCUUGUGAUAUUCCUACUUCUCCAGUCUCCAUAGUCUUUUACAGUAGAAAAGUCCUGAAUCUUUAAUGUAAAAAACAAGCAGAAAGUGUUUUAACAAUUUUUUUCUUUAUAUAAAUCCCAAGGAAAGGCACAAGCCCAGUUUCUCUUUUUUGGGUGGGGUCAGGGGAGGAGGGUUGUUUUCAUUUUCUUUGGAAGUUGCCUUUUAAAUAUUCUCAAUCUGCCUGGACACUCUUUAGAUCUUAAGUGCUGCUUUGAAGACAAACAAAGCUUAGCUGUAUUGCCUUCUUUAAAGCCUUAUCUUAAUUCCAACAUAAUUUGAGUCUACCUGCCUCCCAUUUCAGACCAACAAGGCAGCCUUUGCCUACCCACACUGAAAUUAACCUCCCUCACCAUCUCCUUCCCUCUAAAGCAACUUUGCUGUACUGUUUGUCAUUUUUGGAUUUUGGCAGGUGGUUAAUAAAAACUUUUAAAAAAUUUGUUUCCUUCUGAGUAGGUGCUGUGUUUGACAAAUUCAACCAGAAAGUGGAGAGGCAUAUAGAAAGAACAAAACAGUUUUUAAAAAAGUUUGGUUCCAUUGUCGGGAUCGUUUUCUAAGAUUUAAUGCCUCAUCUGACUUCCGUUUAUUUAACUGGGAGUGCAAAGUGAUCGGAAAGUAUGAUACCACUGGUCCUUCAAGUUUGUGCAGAUGUGUAUUCCACACUGGUGUGUUGGUGUCUUGCACACUGCAAGCUGGAGACUUUUUUUGCCACAGCUGUACCUUCUCAUAGCCCUUCCUGAGGCUAUAUAAAGGUGGCAGCAUCCUGACUCCACUCAGUUCCUUCUUACCACCUGUAUCUUGAGUUGGAACUCCCUGUGUUGGAUUCUCCUAACAAUUUCCCUGCUGCAUCACAGUUUGUGACUCAGUCUUCAGUAGUGUAAAUAGUUACUUGCAGUUAGCACCAAUAGUUUAAGUUAGCGUUAGUUGGUUUAUUAGUAUAUUUAGUUGUAUAGUUAGUUUUUGGUCUGCAGCACUGAAUGUUAUGCACCAUUCCCUGGGCUUCAAGCAUUGCCCUGCAUGUGAGGUCUCUGAUCCUAACAGUAACCCACACAUGUGCUGCUUGGUGUGCCUUGGAAAGGGGCACAUAAAGGCAAAGUGCAGUAGCUGUCAUUCCUAUAAGGAAAGGACACAGGUUGCAAGAAACCUUCUUUUAAAGCAACACCUGCUAGAACAAGCUGUGAGACUGCCUCAGCACUGGGAUCCUCUUCCAACUGCUCAAUUAACUGUCCCUAGACAUCAUCUCAGGAGGAUCCUCUACCUCUGCAGGAGUUGGGGACAGUCCCAACAGUCUGAUCAGUGAUAGAGGCAGGAAAGGGAUUGUUCAUCAUUCCUGCAUGUCCCUCAAAUGAGAAUCCAUAAAAUGGACUGGUGCUGCCAGAAAUCAAGGAAGGAUUAGUCCUCCUUUUCAUCAAAAGCAGGGGAUCACUGUCAGCAAAACUCUGGUACCUAGAGAUGCCAACCUGUGUCUCCCCAGUGGAGGAUCCUUGUGCUGUACUGUUGACUCUGGAACCAUCUACAGGGUGGCCACCGAGUCCAGUACCUGUGGAAACUCCAGCAUCCUCAGGUUUCCUUUGUCUAUCCUUACCAUUAUGCCCACUACCUUUGGAUGUCAGUGCGGGGAUGGUACCCCAAACUCUGUCCUCUUCAUCUCUGGGAUGGAGAUUGCCUUCAGUUCAGGUACUGAUGAAGAGGCAGGUUCUGCAUAUGGUGCUUAUGCAGUCUAGGUCAAUACCAAGACAUCCCCUGCUCUCGGCACCAUCUACAACAUCAACCUUGCUACCAGAGUCCUCAGUACCGGUAGCUUCCUCUGAUUGGGGACCAAAUCCUGACCCCUCAACACCAAAAAAGGACCCAUCCUUUGUACUGGACCCAAUUAUAAGACCAUCUACCUCCUGCAGUUUCCUCUCAGGACCAAAUACAAUGCCAACCACAGUACCAACGUUAACUUUUCCAUAUUAGAGAGUGGACAACUCAGGUUUUCCAGUGAUGCCACCAGGUUGGGUGACACCCCCACCCAUCCCUAUUGAUUAUUCAAACAGCUCUUCUCACUCUGGGUCAGAGUCCUCCAGCUCUUUUCCUGCCCCACCUCAGCUAAAGAGAUCACAUACAUCAUCCAAACACGCAGGAAGUAAGUGUUGAUACCAAGAGCAGAUCCAUUCCUGUAGUAGGGACAGACCUGCCUGGCCUGUGAUACAUUGACCUAUUAUGCUGUGCCUUGUGUUGCAGUGGCCCCCCGGAACACCUCUUGCCAUAGAGCCAGAUCUCCACAUAAGUUGGAUGUAAGAUCCCCUUAUCUGGAGAUGGCCCAAGUCACAGUCCAGCCUAUUGUGGAAGCUCAGGAUGACAUUCCUUCUGGAUUAGUCUCUGUGGCUAACAGUUUCCCUGAGAACCAGCAUGUACCUCAAAGUAUCUGCAGCUCCAGCAGCCCCGUCAUCACCAUCCAUGUACGAUUCAGUGGCCCUGACUUCAGAUUCUUCAGUUCCAGUUCAUGUCCUACCAGGAAUUGCUCAAGAGAGUGGUUGCAACUCUGAGUAUUCAAGCUGAGCUGGUACAAAUUGGCGGCCAUCCUCCAGGCUUCAGCCCUAGAAGGGUUGCCUUCCCUAUUAAUGAUGCCCUAUUACAGCUGGCCAAAUCUAUGUGGCACACACUAGCAUCGCUAGCCCCAACAGCCAAGCGAAUGGAAAAAUGAUAGUGUCCCUUCCUAGGGUUUGAGUGUUUCUGUUUGAACCAAACUCCUUAGUUGUCAUGGCAGUUAAUGAGACCUCCAGAGCAAUGGCCUCUGCAAUCAUCAUGAGGAGUGCACCAUGGUUAUUUAAUUCUGGAAUAGCAUCAGAUAUCCAAUAAUCUAUUGAUGAUCUAUCUUUUAAUGGACUGUUUUUAUUUUCAAACUAGAGAGAUGAGGUGUUUCACUCUUUUAAAGAUUCACAAACAGCUCUCUGCACUCUGAGAAUUUAUCCUCCAGCCUCUAAGAAGGAUCAGUAUAAGCCCCCACAGCAAUAUUCUGAUCACUGUCACAGACAACUUUUCUGUCUUCCCAGACACAGUAUGUCUCUCCUAAAAGAGACAGAGGCCCCAGAAAAGGUCAUCUAAUUCUAGCACUACAACAAUUGAACCUGCUAUAGGGAAAACCUUUUUUACUUGUU